UUUCGACUUCCCUGCUCCUAAUCACGACAUCGCUCUUGGCUCUCCCGUCAUCUCACCUUAAAUUUAUCCACUCUGCCGCAUUUUCCUCGAUGCUCAAUUCUCCACAGGUUCUGGCUAUGGACCUUAUUUGAGCACUGCUUUACAUCAGCAUCUCAUAUCAAACAUCUUCUGUCCUCUUCUUUUCUUCCUUCCCACCCCAACCAUCCGACCUUUCCAAGUCACCCUAUCACUGUUGGACCUUAUACUUCCCGUCACACCAAAGAACCACUGGGUGAUAUAUAGUAGUGGUAUACUUGGUAUACUUUGGGCUAGUCCCGCCCCCCUAACCCUACAUCAACUCGCGAGACCGUUUCUCCCAUCAGGACCAUGUCGGGCGAUCUCAAAACCAAAGUUGGUCACGGUGUGGCCAAGGCCUUGGGGAUCAAGGUCCCCUAUCGUGAUCCUCUGGGAGCCCAUGCUGAUCCAGUCACACGAGGCGAGUCGAUGUUCUCUGUCGGAACGAUUGAUACAUAUUCCUAUCUCGAGCCCGAACCCACUUCCGUUGAAUGGUUGAAGGAGAUCAGCCCUUCCGGGCAAGAUGUAGCCCGUUAUUUCUACAACCUUUUCCCUUUCCUCUCGUGGAUUACGAGGUACAAUUUGCAAUGGUUUCUGGGAGAUAUGAUUGCCGGCAUCACGGUCGGUGCCGUGGUGGUUCCUCAGGGAAUGGCCUACGCUAAACUGGCAAACCUUCCUGUGGAGUUUGGUCUCUAUUCUUCCUUCAUGGGGGUUCUCAUCUAUUGGUUUUUCGCCACCUCAAAGGAUAUCACCAUUGGUCCGGUGGCUGUCAUGUCUACCCUUACAGGUACGAUAGUUGCCGAGGCGCAAAAGAAGAUCCCAGAUGUCGAAACGCAUGUAAUCGCAUCCUGUUUGGCUGUCAUUGCUGGGGCCGUCGUUUGCGCUAUGGGCCUGCUUCGACUGGGAUUCAUUGUAGAUUUCAUUCCUCUGCCGGCAAUUUCAGCUUUCAUGACGGGUUCCGCCAUCAAUAUCUGCUCCGGCCAGGUCAAAGACAUGCUUGGAGAGACGGCCGACUUUUCGACGAAAGACGCCACAUAUAUGGUCAUCAUCAACACCCUCAAGUAUCUUCCCUCCGCAAAAAUCGAUGCCGCCAUGGGUGUCAGUGCUUUGGCUAUGCUGUACAUUAUCCGGUCGGGUUGUAACUAUGGCGCGAAGAAGUUCCCCCGUCAUGCCAAGGUUUGGUUCUUCGCUUCGACUUUGCGGACAGUGUUUGUGAUCUUGUUCUAUACGAUGAUCAGUGCCGCUGUGAACCUGCACCGACGGGAUCAUCCGCGAUUUAAGCUCCUGGGUAAUGUGCCUCGUGGUUUUCAACAUGCCGCUGUCCCUCAGGUAAAUGCGAGGAUCAUCAAGACUUUUGCUAGCGAGCUUCCUGCUGCGAUUAUUGUCCUGCUUAUCGAACACAUUGCGAUCUCGAAAUCCUUCGGCCGUGUCAACAACUACACAAUUGAUCCCUCUCAGGAGCUAGUCGCUAUUGGUGUGUCGAACUUGCUUGGACCGUUCCUUGGCGGUUACCCAGCGACUGGAUCGUUCUCCCGAACUGCAAUCAAAUCGAAAGCUGGUGUCCGCACUCCACUCGCCGGUGUUAUUACUGCGGUUGUUGUCCUCCUCGCCAUCUACGCUCUGCCCGCUGUCUUCUUCUACAUCCCGAAAGCCUCCCUUUCUGGUGUCAUUAUUCAUGCGGUCGGUGACCUCAUCACCCCACCAAACACCGUUUACCAGUUCUGGCGCGUGUCCCCUCUUGAUGCGAUCAUUUUCUUUAUCGGUGUUAUCGUUACCGUCUUCACCACAAUUGAGAUCGGCAUCUACUGUACCGUUUGUGUGUCUGUUGCCAUUCUGCUGUUCCGCGUCGCCAAGGCCCGCGGUCAAUUCUUAGGAAGAGUCACCGUCCACUCGGUGAUUGGUGACCAUCUGGUACAGGAUGAUGGGAAAUAUGGGUCUGCCAACUCCCCUAAUGCCACCAGCGAUGAUAAAAACGGAUUGAGCCGGUCUAUCUUCUUGCCUAUCAACCACACGGACGGCUCGAACCCCGAUGUCGAGGUGCAGCAACCUUACCCUGGUAUCUUCAUCUACCGAUUCUCUGAAGGAUUCAACUACCCCAAUGCCAAUCACUACACCGAUUAUUUGGUCCAGACUAUCUUCAGGCAUACACGCCGCACAAAUCCGUUCUCCUACGGUAAACCGGGCGAUCGACCAUGGAACAACCCAGGCCCUCGCAAGGGCAAGCCCGAAGAAGACCGGUCGCAUUUGCCCAUACUGCAGGCCGUCAUUCUUGACUUCUCGUCCGUCAAUAAUGUUGAUGUGACCUCGGUCCAGAACCUCAUCGAUGUCCGCAACCAACUCGACCUCUACGCUUCCCCCAAGACUGUACAGUGGCACUUUGCUCAUAUCAACAACCGCUGGACGAAACGAGCCCUUGCAGCAGCUGGGUUCGGCUUCCCAUCUCCUGACUCGGGUGACGGAUUUCACAGAUGGAAACCAAUUUUCAGCGUGGCUGAGAUCGAAGGUAGUGCCUCUGCCGCAGCUCAUGCAGAGAUGGUGAACAACGAACACGUCCAGCAUAAUAUCAAGAGCGAAGACCUCGAGCAUGGCCUCAAGCACGAUUCAGAGACCACCGAGCGUGAGACACACGGUAUCGAAGAAUCGUCCGAUGCUAGUAGCACCCAGGAUGACAAGUUGCAACGGGACCUGAAGGAUAGCAAGGCUUACCGCAGUCGUCGCAGGGUCGCUAUGGUGCAGGGCCUUAACCGGCCAUUCUUCCACAUCGACCUGACUAGUGCACUGCAGAGCGCCUUGGCCAACGCGGGCGAGGACCCAGAUCCUAACAUGAAUGUCCUUGAUGCAUAGUCGGUUUUUCUUAUAUUCUCUGCCACAUAUGAUACUCCCUGGUCGGAGUCCACUUUUAUACCGCCCGGAGAAGGGCUUUGACUUCUGUUAUAUAAUGUUUGUUUCAAGCGAGUCCACCUACUCUCUGUUGCUUUUGAUUUAAGGUGGUUGGAAUCGUUGAUAGGCACCUACAUAUACCCCUGACAUCUGGCUUUUGUGUAUAUAUAUAUAUAUAUAGAUUAUUGUUGAUGCACAUAUACAUCCAUACAAGUGCAGUUUUCAA